CAACCUGGCCAUACUCUUAUUCGUAAUUGACCGUUUAUAGUUGGAUCUGAUGAUAGGGAGAAAAAAGAAAAAAAUCAGGAAGUGUUUUAAUAUUCCUAAAUAGAUGUUGUAUCUCCUCAAUUUGCAGCGGGCUGUCACUUAGUCAAUAAUACUCAUCGGCAGUUCAUGUUGUUGUUUUUUUCUCCUACUCUCUUCCAGCUUGUUAGAUAGUUAGAUAUUGUAAGGAAACAGCCGGGAGCAGGUCUCGAACCGUCUACCUUCGAGCCCGAGGUCGGGCGCGCUAUCGACUGUGCCACAAAAACAUGCUCGAACGGCAGAGUCGAUUUCCGCGCUUAUAAACCCAGGGUCGUUACAAUAUUAUCAAAUAUUUUCUCGUUAUAUCUGUGAUGUUUUUAGCUAACCAACAGUGUGCCAGCAGAUUCACACAAAGUUUCGUAUUGUUCUUCAAAGAAAAUACCAAUAGAAGUAGCUACGGUUUUUAUCAAUGUUUUUUGUGUUACUAUUUAGCUAGUCACAGGUAUUGUUUAGGUUAACAUCAUUAGCUAGCUAGCUACACUUAAGCUAACUAGCUGACGUUAGCUAGCUGUCAUGUAACGUUAGAUGAGGGCCAUAUUAAUUAAGGCAGCUACUGUAGCUAGCUUCUAAACAUAUUUUGAUAAUACAACAUUACUGGUAAAAAUGCUAAUAACACAAUUAUUGAUUAGUAAACACAAAAAAGUACAGUACAUCGGCUCUCACUUUUUCAUGAAAAUCAAACAAGUAUUCUUAACUUUACAGGCAGCCUCUCCUGCCCUACACUUUCUUCAGAGUUUAAACUCAAAACUGUUUUUCAAACUCAUUGUUGUAACCAAUUGACUCAUAUUAGUUUUAUUUGCACAAAACCCUGGUAGAGCAUAGGGGAGGUUAGGCCUUGUGGUCUUCAUGUUUCCUUGUUGUUUUUGGGGCUUUUAACCAGCCUAAUUUAUCACUUAAAACAUUUUUUUGUUGUUGCUUUUAAUACACUGUUAUUAUCCCUUCCUUUAUGUAUGAGUCUUUUCCCAUGUAGGCAGCUGAGAUGCUCUCAGAAGGUGAGCUGAAGGACUUUGCUCAGGGCCAGUCCCUGUACCGUGUUCUCCAGCCCUGGUGGGAUGUCUUCAGCCACUACCUAUCCAUCAUGAUGUUCUCAAUCGGAACCCUCGGAGGAACUCUGCAGGUCACCCUCCGCAAGAUCGUCUGCGUCCCCUGUCAGAUGACAUCAGAUGACUUCUGUGUGGUUUUUAACCAUAGAGGCACCACAUUAAGGAAUGCCACUACUGAAGCCAGCUUCCCUCUCCUCCCCAAGGGCCUUUACAAGCUAGAUCUUCAGCAGUAUGCUUACAUUGACGCCGUGUGCUACGAAAAACAACUCCACUGGUUCGCCAAGUUCUUCCCUUACGUCGUGAUGCUAGAGACUCUGGCUCUUGUGAUUAUAAGCAACUUGUGGUUCAAGUACCCUAGCACCAGCUCCAGACUCAUGCACUUUGUCUCCAUUCUACACAAAUGCUGUGACUCUCCCUGGACCACCCGGGCCUUGUCCGAGACAGUGGCAGAGCAGGGUGGGGCCCAGCCCUCAAUGAGCAUGUGCAGUCCUGCUCUCCAGGCCACUUCAACAUCAGACUGUAGCAGCAGAAGGCCGAUGGGGACAGAGUUUCUUAGCGUUUUAGACAAAAAGGAAGGUGAGCAGGCCAAAGCUAUCUUUGAGAAGGUGAAGAAAUUGAAAGUACACGUGGAGGACAAAGACAUCAUUUAUCACUUGUAUAUGAGGCAGAUAGUCACCAAGAUUGUGUUUCUGCUGUUCACCUUGGCCUAUAUCCCUUACGCAGCCUCACAUAUCCUGUUUGACGUUGACUGUGUGGUAGAUUCCCAAGCGCUGAUGCCGUUUCAGCCCUUUCACUGUGUUCACUCACUGGCCACCAUUUUUUGGCUCCUCUCCUUGGUUUACACAGUACUGAUGGUCAUUUACAGCGUGACUUGCUUCUACAGCUUCUGGUGGAUGAUGAGAAACUCUCUCAGGGAGUACUCCUUUGACUCAGUGAGGGAGGAGAGCAGCUUUAGCGACAUCCCCGAUGUCAAGAAUGACUUCGCCUUCAUCCUCCACCUCCUGGACCAGUAUAACCCUCUGUUCUCUAAACGCUUUGCAGUCUUCCUCUCAGAGGUCAGUGAGAAGAAACUGAGGCAGCUCAACCUGAACUACAUGUGGCCUUUGGAGAAGCUGACCCAGAAGGUGAUGCGUAACGCUCAGGACCAGAUAGAGCUCCAUCUCAUGCUCCUCAGCGGCAUCCCAGAGGCCGUGUUCGAUAUCAGGGAGCUAGAGGUGCUCAAGCUGCAGCUGAUACCGGAUCCUAGGCUCACGCAGAAGCUUACGCAGCUUGGGAACCUGAGAGAGAUCUGGCUGGAUCAUUCUCCUGCCACCGUAGACCUCAUGGCUCUGGGGUUUCUCUCUGAGAACCUGAGGAUCCUGAGGAUGAAGUUCACAGAGGUGGAACAGGCUCCCUGGUGGGUGUUCAGUUUGCGUAACCUGACUGAGCUCUAUCUGUAUGGAAAUAUCUUCAAUCAGGACAACACAACGUUCGUCAACAGCCUACCCAAGCUCAAGAAUCUGAAGGUGUUAUUCAUCAAGUGCACCAUCACCGCCAUGCCGAAAGUCAUUACCAACUCAAUACCCUCGAUACAGAAGCUUUCCGUCGACAACGAAGGCACCCAACUCUCUGUCCUGCAGAGUCUGAAAAUGAUGUCACAGCUCACCUGCUUGGAGCUACUGAACUGUGAUCUCCAGCGGAUACCGAGUCCUAUCUUCAGCCUGAAGAACCUGCAAGAAAUAGACCUCAAAGGGAACAACCUCAAAACCAUUGAGGAGAUCAUCAGUUUCCAGCACCUUCCCAAGCUCUCUGUCCUGAAGCUGAAGUACAACAGUAUCACUUACAUCCCUGUCCACGUCGGCGUGCUGGGCAACCUGGAGCAGCUUCAUCUGGGUCAUAACCUCAUCAGCUGCAUGCCACCGCAGCUGUUCCUGUGCAGCAGACUCUAUCUGCUAGACCUCAGUCACAACAAGCUGUCUGCCAUUCCUAUUGAAAUACAGGAACUGAAGAGACUGCAGCUCCUCAAUGUGUCUAACAAUAAUAUUGACCAUCUCCCAGAAGGUAUGUUCCAGUGUAAGUCCCUCCAGUCCCUACUGCUAGGUCACAACAACCUGUCAGUGGUCCCCCACCAGGUGGGUGAGCUGACCAACCUGGUGGUGUUGGACCUGAGGGGGAACCAGCUGGAGAGCCUUCCUGCCGAGCUGGAGGAGUGCCACAGCCUGAUGCCUAGUGGACUGCUGGUAGAGGAGGGGCUGCUCAACUCUCUGCCCCCCAGUGUCAAGGAGGGCUUCCAGAGGCCUGAUAAGGAGUACCUGGGGAAAAUGGAGGCUGAAGGAGUGGGGAAUGCUCUCACCUGUAACCCCAUUAUCUGUAAUACAGCAGGACAUGGAGAUACGGCCUGCAGCGUGAUAUACUCCAUGUGAUGGGGCUAUUCCAAAUGAACAUCUUAGCUCAGUGGCUUUAAACCUGGUGUAUUAGUAGGCCUAUGUGGUUUACCUGGCCUAGCCACAGGGGACACUUAUUUAACCUUUAUUUGAUCUGGAAGUCAUACUGAGACUAAGGUCUCUUUUACAGAUGAGCCCUGAAUUACAAAAAUGACAGAAAAUAUACACAUUAAACUAUAAAAUACAAAGUGCAAUCAGAAAGAAAAACGGUCAAAAAACAAACACAUUCAUCAGUAGGAAGGUCCUCAAUCAAUUUUCUGAGUUACCUUAGAAGCACCGAAACGUCACAUUUCAGAACAUUUUGAAGAUUGCUCAACAAAUAAGGUGUGAGAAAACUAAAAGCUGAUUUACCUAACUCAGUAGAAACCAAAGGAAUUUCCAGAGUUAAUCAUCCCUGAGAGGGGGGGGGGAGCUCAUAAGUCUAAAGGUUAGUAAUGAUGUUAGGUACAGUGAUUGUUUUUGUAAAAGGGCUUUAUAAACGAAAACCUAGCAAUGUAUCAAUCUACUUGACAUCAAAGUCCAUGCAGUGAUGAGUACAAAAACUGUCAAUACGUUUGAAGGCUCAUAAGAGCAAAGGACGAAUCGACUAGGUUAAGUACUAGUAAACGGGAAAAUACUUACUUUUAUAACAGUAAUGUAAUAUGACGGUUCCAAAUGAACACUCCCAUGUUCCAAUCCACUCUGUUGCUGCCAAGUACAACAUACAGUCAUUGUUUACAGUGGACCACUGACAAGUUCUGUUUGAUUAAAAAAAAAAAAAACUUACAUUUAAUACUGAGCUCCUGUUGGGCAUUUCAUAUAACACGACCAUUUGUUUUUAUAAUGAUGAUUGCCGUGGUUUAGCCUGUGUGGUCAGUUAUAAUGAUGAUUGCCGUGGUUUAGCCUGUGUGGUCAGUUAUAAUGAUGAUUGCCGUGGUUUAGCCUGUGUGGUCAGUUAUAAUGAUGAUUGCCGUGGUUUAGCCUGUGUGGUCAGUUAUAAUGAUGAUUGCCGUGGUUUAGCCUGUGUGGUCAGUUAUAAUGAUGAUUGCCGUGGUUUAGCCUGUGUGGUCAGUUAUAAUGAUGAUUGCCGUGGUUUAGCCUAAGUGGUCAGUUAUAAUGAUGAUUGCCGUGGUUUAGCCUGUGUGGUCAGUUAUAAUGAUGAUUGCCAUGGUUUAGCCUGUGUGGUCAGUUAUAAUGAUGAUUGCCGUGGUUUAGCCUGUGUGGUCAGUUAUAAUGAUGAUUGCCGUGGUUUAGCCUGUGUGGUCAGUUAUAAUGAUGAUUGCCGUGGUUUAGCCUGUGUGGUCAGUUAUAAUGAUGAUUGCCGUGGUUUAGCCUGUGUGGUCAGUUAUAAUGAUGAUUGCCGUGGUUUAGCCUGUGUGGUCAGUUAUAAUGAUGAUUGCCGUGGUUUAGCCUGUGUGGUCAGUUAUAAUGAUGAUUGCCGUGGUUUAGCCUGUGUGGUCAGACUAGUCACAUAACUGUGGUCACUUAGUGUUACUCGUGCCACAUACAAAUAAAAGUUUGAUUUUGUGAACUUAA